AUGCUAAGCUCGACGGCAACCAAGCUUAAGGCGUUCUCGACGCGAGCGCCUAUCCCCUCCUCGCAAAGGAUCUCGAUUAAAUACUACGUCCCCUGUUCGACCAUUGGAAUUUGUAUAAGACUUCCGGUGCAAUGGAGAGGCAUAGAUACAGCUGCAGAUUACCUUCGAAUGCUUGAUGACGACGAGAAUUUACCCUAUUCGAACCUCAUCGCAAGGCGUAUUAGGCAGGUACUACUAUACUUCAACUACGAAGAGCUUUGCAGACACCCUAACAAAGAUAUUUCCUAUAUCUCGUCAAAAGCCAAUACAUCUCACGUUUUGAAUAGCAUCCUCGCUGCUUACAGUGACGAUCCUCGCUCUUCAAAAUCACCGCAGUGCCGCCGCGAUAAGAUCACAGGCUGCUAUGUGCGCCGCGGCAGAUGGCAAUACUUCUUUAGGACCGUGCGUAAAUUCGAGGCGUCGGAGUCUAUGGUAAAGUCUCUCAUACUUGGACAACUUACGUUUGAUCCUCACGAAUUUCUCUUCAAUACUGAUAGCGAGGACGAACAAGCAUUAGCAGUUCAACUCUCACAAGAUUUAUGGAAAGAAGUUGAUGCUGAAAAGGAUGCAAUGCGUAAGAUGACGGAUUUUCUCGGCUGGGAUUCUGACAACGUCGCGCUAAUCUGA